GAUUGAAACAAUGGGAGAACUAGUUUUGCUCAUCGGAAGUGGUGGUCGAGAGCAUGCAUUGGCUUGGAAACUGUCACAGUCCAAUCUUAUUGACAAAAUCUUUGUGGCUCCUGGCAAUGCUGGCACAUCAACUGUUGCAAAAGUUUCCAAUGUUGGUAUGUAUGAUGAUAUUAUAGGAGUUGACAUGAAAAAUGCAAGUUUUAAAAAAUUGUGCUUAAACUUAUGCAAAUGGUAUCUUACAACCACAGUAUUUAUAAUAAGACCUGUUCAUUUUGGAAGCUUAUUGAGGUGCCAUUCUUUGUGUAUCUCAGUAUUUCUGAGCCGUGGGUGUGUUAGACAUCUUUUUUUUUUUGACAGAGGCUUCUAAACAUCAUUACACAGGCUCAAAUUGAGAUAACAUUGUGAAAAUAAUAUACUUUGUGACCCUUCUUUUUUUUUUUACAACAGUUUACAUGUAACCUAUAUUGUCAUUUAGAGUUGGAAGAAAAAUUAAGAGACAGGCCAACACCCUUGAUUUAUGUUUAAAGCAUUAUUAUUCAAAGGACGUUGUUAAUGAAUAUCAGUUGUUUUGUUUAAAUUUAAGAAAACAUUUGGAAAGUCUGUCAAUUUUAUUGCAAAUUUCUAACAUGUUGUUUUUUAAUCCUCAGAUCUGAAUGUUAAGGAUUUUGAAAGCAUAUCAAAUUGGUGCAGAUCCAACAACAUUACGUUUGUAAUAGUAGGGCCAGAGGAUCCACUGGCAGCUGGGAUAGUAGAUUUUCUAACAGGAACAGGUAUGGGAAUUUUGUGUGUGGGGUGGAUGGGUGGGUAUUGUGUUCUUAUUCAAGCUUCUGGUUUCAAAUUAAAGAAAAAGGAAUGAUUUUUGUAAGUAUGAUUUUUUUUAAAUGAUAGAGGACGCCAGUCAUAACCCAAAAGUGUAUAUAAUCUUGAUUUAUUGUCCAAUGAAAGUCUUUUAGUUGUUGAUUUCUUCUAUUGAAAAAAGCUUAUGUGCUUGUGAUAAAUGAAUACAUUUUAAAAAUCAAAUCACAUUCCCUUCCACAACAGGUAUUCCCACAUUUGGGCCGACUGCAUCAGCUGCUAAAAUUGAAUCAGAUAAAUCCUUUGCCAAACAUUUCAUGGUUAGACACGGGAUUCCUACAGCCAGGUUCAAGAGUUUCACGGAGCCUGACGAGGCGUGCAAGUACAUUGUUAAGUGAGUUUGACAUUAUUUAGGCUUUACCUUAAACUUCUUUAAGCUAUUUUGCGAGUCCUCUUAUUUUAAAUGCUUCUGGCACCAUUGGUGGAAGGGCAUCCAAAUCCCAAUAGCAAGAAAAAAAUGAAAAAAUGUUUUCAUGAGUCUUCUCCUUGCUUACGCACUAAAAUCUCUGUGGGAUUUAGGUGUUGUUGAAUAGGAUUCAAUAUUUAUACUUAGAUAUAAUCUAGUUGUAAUAAACAUUUAUACAUAGAUUAUCUGCGACUCUAAUAUUCCAAUUCUCAAGAUAGACCUACAUUGGCUACAAUGAGUCUUUUUUCGGUUUCUGAUUAUCUGUUUUUGUUGUUUUGUAUUGUCUGCUGAAGAAGGCAUUAGCCAAAAUGUCCUUUUAAUUAUCCUGUCUUUUCAUUUCAAGCCUAACAAUAUCUUGUUCAACUAUUUCCUCCAAUAUUCUCGAUAUACACUGAAAUUAUAGUGAUUGUUCUCAUGCAUAAAACCUAUUACCUCCUUUAUUAAAAGUUCCAUGUACAUUAGUUUGGCAUCAUUGGAGAUGAUGUGUUCUCUGAUACAGACCUUCCAUUUAAGUUCGCUUAGUUACAGUAAUGCAGCUGAAUUCAUUACUAUUUAAUGUAAUAUGUUUGUGAAGAUUUAAUCAAUUGUAAUUUUGCAAUGCUAAUUCUUUGGAGCAUCCACUCAAAUGGUGCGUGAAAUAACAAUGUGGAACUGAUGUGCUAUCGGUGGUUAUGAUCAAAAUGAUGCUUUGCAUAUAGUAAAAUAUGGAAUAAACUGCCAAAUUUUGCAUCUGGUGAUAAUCUCACACAUGCAAAAAUGUAAAGUGUACACCUCCAAGAUGAGCAAAAUAUUGGAAACAAACAUGAGCCAAAUAUAAGUGCAGUAUUAAAAGUAAAAAAAAUAUAUAUAUAUUUAUUUGUUAAUUAUGAUAAUUUCAGUGCAGACUUUGCAGCUCUGGUUGUUAAAGCUAGUGGGCUGGCUGCGGGCAAGGGUGUGGUGGUGGCAUCCUCACAGGAAGGAGCUUGUGAGGCGGUGAGGGAGAUGAUGACGGACAAGAAGUAUGGUGCUGCUGGCGAUGUCGUGGUGGUUGAAGAGCUGCUGGAGGGACCCGAAGUUUCGGUGGGUCACUCUGAACUUCCCUAAAAUUUGUAACAGCAUUAAUCAAAUUAUAGAUAUUAACUUUUUAUGUAACCUUUCAAAUUUUAAGCUUAACCUUUACUGAAAGAAUCUAAUGAAUAAGUUGACAUCUCAGAAGUUUUUUGCUAUUAACUUGUUCCAAUGUUGGUUUCAUGUGGAGCUGAUCAUUUUGCCUUAUGGAUAAUUCAGUUUUUUCUAAUGUGCUGUAAAUUUAAUUCCACAAGGCAUUUGAUUUUCUGCUGUGCAGACUUAUGAAUUCAUUCUUUGUUUAUCUUUUUUUCUCCCCUUUUCCAGGUUCUUGCAUUUACCGAUGGCAUCAGUGUACAUGUCAUGCCUCCUGCCCAGGACCAUAAGAGGCUUUUGGAGAAGGAUGAAGGCCCCAACACUGGGGGGAUGGGAGCCAUUUGUCCAUACCCAGGGGUAUUAAAAUAGACAUAUUAUCUAUCCCUAGCUUCACUGUUAAUUAUAAUUUCUUCUAUAAAAUUGCAGCCUUUUCUCUCUGGUUCUUAUAUUAAUAAAUUAAGAAACAGUGUGUAUGUGUGGGAAAGGGCUACUGCAUUGCAUUGGUAGCAUUUCUGACUUUCAACUAGUAGGUAGGAUGUUUGAUUGCAUGUGUGGUCACCCAAAUAGGAGAAUAUCCAGCUGGCAACCUUUCUGAAGAAGAAUUUUGAAUGGAAAUCCUCCACUACCAAAAUAUGAGUUCCUAAAAAUUCUUAAUUUUCUAAAAUUAAAUCACCUUGACUACAAAUAAAAUAUUUUACUUUGCCCUCAGCUUACACCAACGGACUUGGACUUUAUUCAGAAAGAAGUUCUUGAAAAAACUGUAUCUGGUAUGGCAAAAGAAGGAAACAAAUACUCGGGUAAUUUGAAUUGUUUUGGGUAUAUUUAUGAAUAAUUAUAGUUUCAAUAGAAUUAAUGGACUUGACUUAUUGUAAAGUGCUCCUGUUAAAUAACUUUUUUACCCUUGAAAAAAAUAAAUUUAUUUUAAAUAUGAUCUCAGAUAUUCAUGGGAUAUUUAUGGAAUAGAUGAAGUUUACUAUACAUAUGAUCUUUCAGUGUCUAGGAAUAAAUUCUCAAUUUAGUUGUGCUUUUCUGCAUUUUUGCCAGAAGAAUUCUGUCUUAUUCCUUAAAAGAAAUGAAAUUGCAUCUUGCAAUGUUUGAUUUCUGCUUAAACUCAUAGCUAGUCAUGGUUUAUUUGCUUUUUGUUAGAGACCAGGUGUGAUGCAUCACAAUGCAGAUCAUAUUGAAAAUUUUAACCAUAGAGCAAAACCGUCUUGAAGUAUCAGAAAAAAACAAUGUUUUAUGCUUGUCAUUACUGAUAAGUAAUUUCUAUUAAUUUAAGUUGUAUUUCUCAGACAGUUUAUUUUUUAUGAGGAACUUAAAGUCUCUAUUAUUCCUGAAGUAAAAAAAAACGUUUUAAGUUUUGAUUAAAGGUACAACUACAAUGAACUGUUAGAUCAAUCAUUGUAUUGAAUUAAAUUAUAAUAUCAUUUACCAGCUUUAACACUCAUAAUGAUUACUCAUCGUUGGAUUGUGUCGUUGAUGUUGUUUUAUAGGUGUGCUUUAUGCUGGGCUCAUGAUCACUAAAGAUGGCCCAAAAGUUCUGGAGUUCAACUGCAGAUUCGGAGACCCUGAAACACAGGUAAAUCCACCAUAAAUUAAAUGUUCGAAGUUUGAUUUACUGUCAAAUUUUAUAUCAAUUUAAAAUGGCAAAUGAAUAUAUACUAUUCAUUAUAGAUUAUCAAUAUAUAUUACAUACAUUGGAAACUAUAUAAAUAUUAACUAAUUGAAAAAUACACCGUAAAAGAAAAAGACUUAAUUAUAUCUUCCUAUGUUUUCUUUGUAUUCCAGUCAAUUUUAUUGUUGAUGACCUCUGACCUCCUGCCAACAUUAAAAGCUUGCGUCAGUGGUAACUUGAAGCAAGCUUCGCCCAGUUUUGACACAUCUCGUACAGCUGUGGGAGUUGUUGUUGUUAGUGGUGGCUAUCCUGAUGGUUACAGGAAGGGUCUGAAAAUUUCUGGUAAGUUUAAUGAGAGAGUUUAUUUUCUGAAGGCUGCGACUAUUCAGACCCGGGUAUCAGAAGUGAGAGUUUGGGGUUAUUAAAAAUAUUAUUGUAUGGUUUGUAAGACAAAAUUAGGUAUCGAAUGAAAGUUAAUUAAAUGGACUAUAUUUUUGUAAACUUACUUCUUCAGUUUAACAGAAAUAAACUACCACAAAUGACAUCCGAAUAGCAUUUAGUCUAAAGGGACCCGGACAUGCAUAGCCGUUAUUCGGACCCGAGUCCCUUAAGACUAAAUGCUAUUCAGAUGUAUAUAGUCCAUUUAAUUAUCUUUCAUUUGAAACAUAAUUUUGUCUUACAACCCAACAAUAAUAUUUUAAAUAUAUUUUUCAUCCCUACCUCUCACUUCUGCGACCUGGGUCCCUAUAGCCACCUCGUUUUCUGAAACCCCAGAAUUGCUAAUUGACUAGUGAAAGUUGUUUCCUCGUUGAUUUGCUCAUGGCUGUGUAAGAAUGACAUGGGUUUGUGCUGAACUUGUCUGACUCUGUCAUUUCUUUACAAGGAAGUGAAGAAUUGGUUCUGUAAUCUAGGCAGCUCAAUCAGGAGCCUCCCUAACUAGCACCUUUCCAGUCUUUAUCCUAUGUUAGUUGAAAAUGCAUUCAUUCCAAUUAGUUUAUUUAUGAUCAUGGAAAAUAGCAGAGGCACCACAAUUUUGGUGGUAUUUACUCUCACGGGGCAUCAAUUUGGCAACAUAAGACCCCUUGAGAGCAGUCUGGGAAAAUUGACAUCCAGGGCCAUAUUGGUUUUGUAAGAGCAGACACAUGUCUGAAUGAACGUUCAGAAGCAGCGCCGUACGUCCAUGUUCAGGGCCGCACAGUGGUGCUUCUAUUUUCUGACAAAUGAUGUGUAAGUUGUGUCUCUGUGAAUUCCCAACAAAACACAAAAAACCUUUUCACAUGCCACACACAUUCCUUUAACGACCCCCCCAUCACCAAAUGCAGGGGUUUCCCAUGGCCCGAAAUUAGUCUCUUCCACCCUGCACAAUCUCAGGAACACAUCUAUGAAAUAACAUUUCACAACAUCCUUCAUAAUUACUGACAUCUCAGCACUUGUGACAAACAACAUCUCAUCACCACCGUAAGGAUGUGUCACACAUACUUCAUGCGUUAACAAUGACUGAGUUGAAAGUUUAUGUUUUGAAUUGAUUUCCUUAAUGCAGAAAUACUUUUAUUGUUGUUUAAAAAUAUUUUGGCUUCUUGUCUAACGAAUUAAAAGAAAAAUUUUAUAAUGUACUUCUCCAGGAAUUGAUGAGGUUGAGAGAAAUGGUGUUAGAGUAUUUCAUGCAGGAACCAGUCAAGAUGCUGAGGGUCAGGUGGUCACCAGCGGUGGGCGUGUGCUGGCCGUAGUAGCCACAGAGUCAACUGCCAUCUUGGCCAGUCAACGAGCCACCACUGAGGCCGCAAAGGUUCAGUUUGAAGGGGCAUAUUACAGAAAAGACAUUGGCCAUAAGAGCUUUAAAAGGUGAAGAUGGGAAUUUAUAAAAAACAAUUUUAAAAAAAAAAUGAUUUAACAAAAUUUUUUUUUUUUAACAUUUAAUUUGAAACCUUAAAAGCAUUGUUAACUUAAAAAAUGUGUAUUCAAUCAGCUGAAAUGACACAUUUAGAUGAAGAUUAACUGAAAAUUACGCAAUAACAGUGUUAGUUACAAAUAAAUAUUUUUCCCAAAUUGUUUUCCAUAUUGUAUUAUUGUUAAAUAUUUUGGCUGUCAAAAUCAAUGUGUACAUAUUUUAGUGUGAUUUAAAAAGAAAAAGAACUCUAUGGCUAAUGUCUAAUUUUUACUGAUAUGAAUGAGGCCAGAAACUACAAAAAAUGUUAUAGAUGUUUCCUUUUUUUUUUUAAUUUUGUUUAUUUUUUAAAAUUACCUGGCAUUUUUUGCGAUAUUUUCUGCUGGCUAUGUGCUGGAUUUUUUUUUUUUUUAAAGAUUUGGUGCAUGAACUUGUAUACACUCUUCUGUAUGGUUAACUUGUUUGUAAUGCUAAGAAUAAAUGUUAACUUAAAUUCUUCUUGAUUUUUUGUUUUCUUGAGCACUGUAAGAAUUUCAUAACAAAACCAUUUUGAAGAAAGAAAGCAUACACAAAUAAACUUUAAUAAUUUAGAGAAAAAAAAGUUAGAAAAAGAAUAGCUUUCAAAUUAAAGUUGUGUUUUAUUGAAUAGUCAAGAGGAGAAUUUGUACGUAUGUGUGUGAAAUAUUUACUUGUCCUUGUGCUUGAACCAGCAGAUGACACUGAUUAGAUCAAGGGAUCUUAACCUUUUUACAUUGCAGCAGCCCCUCUUGAUUGACAAAUGUUUACCUCACCUUAUCUCAAUUUCAAAACAUAUUUCCCCACACUACAAAUGCUAAUAAAAAUGUAAUUAAACAAUUUUUUUGGGUCUCUCCGCACCCUGUGACACUGCCUCCCACUUCCCUUGGGUACCCCUGGUUAAAAAGACCUGAAUUAGAUAAUUACCUAUAAGUAGAUGAUUUCUAAAUUUUUAAAAAGUGAGUUUUUUUAUCAAAUUAUUCCUGUUGCAUAAUCCUGAUUUAUAAACAGGACACUGAAAAAUAUUAAGAUAGUACAGAAAUGGACUCAGACAUUUUAUUUUAAAAAAAAAUAAAUUGUCAAGAGUAUCUAGAUUUAUGUGUAGGGUUUGGUUCAUUCAGUAUUUAAAGCUUUUAUUCUAACAUAAAAUGAAGAUUUUCUUCAAUAUCUGUGGAAUUCACUAAAUCGCUUGCCACCUGAUUUGGGGUUUCUAGGUUAAACCAGUACACAUAACUAUUUAUAUCUAAAUCAGGUCUAGCAGGGAGAGCACUCCUACAGUCACUGAUGACCAAGGAGGUUUGCGGUACAAAGAUGCAGGAGUUGAUAUCAUCGCUGGUGAUUACCUUGUGAACGCCAUCAAGCCUCUUGCAAAAAUGACGAGGCGAUCUGGUUGUGAUGCUGACUUGGGUGGCUUUGGGGGUAUUUUUGAUCUCUCCGCUCCCGGGCUCAAUAAAUCUGUGCUUACCUGUAGGACAUGGGGAGUUGGGCCAAAACUUAAGGUACACAUCAAAUUUUAUCUUGAAAUAAUCAGUUUAUUUAAUCUAAUGGUAGGCUAUUUCCAAUCAAUACAUAAAGAUUGACUUAGCUAUUGGAGAGAAAAAUAAAACUUGGUGGCUUUUUGCUAUUCAAAGAAAAAAAAUGUGAAAGAUUUGGCUGAAAUUCAGAUAUGCCUCCAAUUAUGGCUGCAAAUUAUAAUUUUACUAUUUCCUAUAAAAGACUUCUUUUAAAAUUUGGGACCACAGAAACCAUGUAUUGAAUGUUGAAUAAUAUUUUUUUUUAAAUUAAUGAUAUGAACAAUUCAUACUAAAAAUUAUCUUUUAAAAAUUUGUUAGUCAGCCUUAUGUGUUAAAAUAAAUUCUUAGUGAAAAGAUUAAAAAAAAUUUUUUUUAUUUAAGUUGAUUCAGCAGCCACAGUUUCUCUGUUGUAUAUUUGGAAAUUGUUUAUCAGCAGUCAAAAAGUAUUUUUCAAAUUCUUUUGUUCAUAUCAUGUUAAUUGAGGGGUAUUAAAAAUGCAAUCACUGUAUCUAGUUCUAUACACUAUCACCUUUCUUAAUGUUAUUUGCUAAUGUAGGAACCAAUUCUUGUCUUCAGUUUUAAAUCGAUGAAAUUCUGUCAACAGCUAGCUGAAAGCCUGGGUCAUCACUACAAUAUUGGCUUUGACCUCCUGGCUCAGUGUGUCAAUGAACUCAUCACUCUCGGGGCAGAGCCCAUUUUUGUUUUAGACUAUUAUGCCACGGGGAAGCUGAAUGUGCCUUGUGCCGAAGAAGUGGUUCGCGGCAUAGCCGAAGGAUGUUUAGAAGCUGGGUGCGCUUUGAUUGGUAGAGUAUCUUUUAAUUUUGUCAUGUUUUAAGAUUAAUCUUUUGAAUUUUAAGGAGCAAUAUAUAAAUAAUCGCAAUAAAAGAAUUUAAAAUGAGGAAAAAGAGAAAUAGGGGUUCUAGAUUAUUAUUAUGAAUAUUUAAAGAGACAUAUAAUGGUUUGGAUUUUGAUUAUAAAUCUUUAAUUCGAUAUUUAGUGGUUUAGAUUAUGAAAAUAAUAAUAAUAAAGUUCAUUUCAAAAACAGGCUCCAUCCCCAAAGGCUCGAAGCGCGGAUAUAUAAAUAAACACAUAGCAACUGUGCUUGAUUUUCCUUUUUUGUUUUCGUUGCGUUAACCUCUGCCCAUAUGUGAGGGGAUUCAGCUUGGCAAGCAAUAUUUAUUAACAUUUCCCUGACCUCAUAAAUUAAUUUCUCUUUGAAAAAAAAUAUUUUUAAAGAUAUUGUGCUUUGUGAAUGAGAAAAAUACUGAACAUUCCAAUUUUUCAGUCAUCAUCACCUGCAAAGGCCCUUUUUAUUAGGACGAUUAAUUAUUAUUUAAUUGAUAACCCUCCUUUCUUCCACAUCUAUUUUUAAAUGACACCCUUUGUGCAAAAAUGUGCAGGUGGGGAAACAGCAGAAAUGCCAGGCAUGUACAGAAACCAAGAUUAUGAUGUGGCCGGGAUCGCAGUCGGUGCCAUUCCCGAAUUUCAUCUGAAGUCAGAAAGGCAGCAGCCUGCUGCCGGGGAUAAAGUGCUCGCCCUGACCUCCAGUGGCUUACAGCACGAAGACUUUGUCAUCUUAGAAGAACUCCUGAGUCUGCACUCCAUGAAUGCACACAAAAUUAAAGGUGUCAACGGUGGAGCGACUUUGGGUAAGAUUACAUUUUGGCCUACUGAUUCACCAGAAUCACCAGAAAAAGUGUUGCUUUUCUGAAUCAAUAGAUUUAAGUGUUGCCUUAUUGAUUCACUAUACUAGAUUAACUAUUGAAUUACUGAGUCACUAGAUAAAUUUUGGCUUAAUGAGCCACUGGAUUAACUUUUGGUUUACUGAGUCACUAAUCAAGUGUUUACUGAUGUAGUGAUGAGAAAAACUGCAUGCUUAUUGAAUCACUAGAUAAAGAAUUGUCUAGUGUGUUCAUAAUUAUCCCUGUUCAUAAAUCUUUAUAUAUUUGCAAACUUCAUAAGUUAGUUUAAUACCACUUCUGAGUAUAAUUUUGUUCCUCUUCUGGUCGUGUGAUAUAGUUUUCAUUACACCAUAAAGUGUUGACCCAAACUGGUAAAAAAAAAAUUUGAUGUGCUCCAUGCACUGUCAUUCUUUUCUAUUGCCUUGUACUUUAAUAUUUUAAAGCUAGAUUUAAGCUAGAUCAUUGUACAUUUGCUACACAUAUGUUUGAGUGAUUCAGUCAUGUCUGCCUGAAAAUCAAACAAAAUAAAAUGGAAACUUGACGAUUGAUCAGUCUUGGAAUCGGAGAUUUCCAGUCACAGGAGCGUGAAAUGUCUAAGUUAACUUAUGUUUAUAAGAACAGAGUUAUUGCUGCUCAGCAUGUCAUUAUCUUCUCAUUGGACGUUAGGUGAGGAGAUCCUGGUGCCAUCCCACAUUUACAUCAAGCCUGUUCUGCCACUGGUGCAUGCUGGGAAAGUCAAGAGUUUUGUCUACAUCAGUGACGGUCUUUCAAAGUGCAUCACAAGAGUACUUCCCCCUGGCACAAGUGCCAGGCUGGAUGCCCACAAAUGGCCACUGGGGCCGGUGUUUGGAUGGAUGGCUGAGAUGGUGAGCAGGAUAAUUCUAGAAUAAAGAAAGGGUAGUGUCACCUACUGAUACAUUUUGCGGUAUUGGAUUCCUAUUCGUGUUACAAUAUAUUAUUUUAAAUAUUAUGGGGGGGAGGGGGGGUAUCUAAAUAUAAUCCGACCAGCUUUUGCUGUCAUCAAUAUUCUCCUGUUUUUUGAGCAAAAUUUGACUUGUACAUUAUCCCCCUUUUACCUUUAUUGACUUAAUUGAAAUUUUCCUAAAAUAUGUAAAUGUUAUAUGGUCAACACCAACCUUUUUGAAGAAAAAAAAUUUGAAACUGAGUCUCAAUAUUACAAUUAAUUUAUUUUUUGUUUUAUAAAAUUUAGUGUAUUUUUUUUGUUGAUAAUUUGUUUUUUUUCUUAUAUAUUUAAAAGACAAAGCUCUCGGCAGAAGACAUGGCCCAGUACAGCAGUUGUGGCAUAGCUGCAGUUUUGGUUGUAGGACAAAAAGAUGUUGAGUCAGUUGAAGUGGCACUGUCCAGUCUUCAGAUAGAUGUGAAAGAAAUAGGUCAAAUAGAGGAGACAACCGGUAAAUAACAAAGCAGGCUUUUUUUAAAAAGUUAAAAUACUACAACAAAUUGAACUCAUUCUUAAAUUCAUCAUUUAAAUUUGUUUCAAAGUUAAAAUUUUUGUGUGUUUAAGUGUUGGUUUAGGGUUGUGUAGAAAGACACCCCUUCAGAAGAUGUAUAGUUUAUCUCUUCCAUUUCAGGUGACACUAGAGGCGUUAUUGUUGAUGGUCUGCAGUCUGUUCUAGAGAAAGCCAAAUCUGUUGCCCGGCAACAUGCCCCUGAAAACUUUGGUUAGUUUCUUUUAUCUUCAACUCUCCUUUGGAAACAUUAGCAAACAACAAAAUUGAUCUUAGUCGAUAAAAUCUGGCUCAAAAUCUGAUUGUACAAACCAGUGAUUGGUAGAGCACUUUACUGCGAGCCAACUGAAUACAUAACACACACACUACACUCCCUUCACCACUACUAUGUUGGCCAGUCUGUCACAUAAAUAACACACACUCCCUUCACCAUUACCAUGUUGGCCAGUCUGUCUCAUAAAUAAUGCACACUCCAUUCCUCACUACCAUGUUGGCCAGUCUGUCACAUAAACAGAAAGAGCUGUAACAAAAUUAACAAUUGAGGGCUGAUUCUUUCAAACCCAUUAUUGGACAGGAAAUUACAAAAAGAAGAAAAAAUAUCCUUAAGCUGUGUAGGAAAGUUAAGCAAUUAAUUAAAGUAAAUUAAAUCUUUGGAAAAUACACUCAGUACCCAGGAUCCUAAAUAUACUUAGUACCCAGGAUCCUAAAUAUACUCAGUACCCAGGAUCCUAAAUAUACUCAGUACCCAGGAUCCUAAAUUUACUCAGUACCCAGGAUCCUAAAUAUACUCAGUACCCAGGAUCAUAAAUAUACUUAGUACCCAAGAUCCUGCUUCAAAUACAUUUGACAUACCAUGCAAACAGGAAAUAAGUUGAAGGUUUGAUGUCAAUCUUUGGUUUCAGUGAAGCAUCUUGAAUGUGCGCCUGACGUUCAGGGCAAGCUUCACAAGCCAGAUUUCUCAGCUGUUCUAGAUAUUGCCAAGAGGCCAGGGGCUGUCUUAAACAAAGAUGGGGGGCCUCCAACGUUCGACAUCGGUAGUUUAAACCUUGAGCAUCCUGUUCUUGUGUCUGGAACAGAUGGUGUGGGAACUAAACUGAAGGUAUCUAAAGGGUUACACAGUCAUUAAGUUAUUUAGGUUACUCAUGUUGGCAGUCUUUCUCCUAUUUGUGUUUAUGAGUAAGACAGCCAUUGGAGGGUACUGAUGGCAUGGGAACUGAACUGAAGGUAUCUGAAUUGUUAUGUGAGGUUAUUUGGCAGUCUUUCUACUAUCAUCUAUGUGUGGCUAGAAGAAAGACAUUAACUAGAUUUUUGUGUCCAUGCUUGAAGUGCUUGUUGACGAAUUCUGAUGUGAGUAGCCGUCGUUGGGGUAUAAGUGCUUCAAGUUUUAGUUAGACUAUCGCUGAAACUUUUGUGUAGGAAAAAGGUGAGUAAGAUAAUCCUUUUGUUGGCUGCUCCCCCCACCCCCUCCCUUUUCCACACAAACCACCACAACACCACCCAAUUUUGUACCCCUUGUGAUUAAGAAAGUGAACUCUUGACAUACAAAAUUUACAACCUGAGCAUCGGUUAUUAAAAAAUGUCUGGUUUCGAGUGCUAUUGAAACGGUUAUUCUUUUAUUGAUAGGAUAAAAUUCUUUUAUUGAUUGUACAUAAAGGAAUAUGACUCAGCACACAAAUCUAAGACAAAAUUUUAACAUAAAUGUAAACAAUUUAAUGAUUUUAAAAAAAAGUCAACAGUUUAAUGUAUGGAAUGCAAACAGAGUUUGAGUUUAUAUAAUCUCCACAAAAACGAUUGCAGAACAUGAAUUCAUGCAACUCUAAAGCAUAACGAUCGCAGCUUUGUGCGCAUCCACAUAUUUUCAACAUUCUGCGUGUGGACACCAGCAUCAUUUGGAUCAAAAGAAUUUUGUUGAUGCACAACAAUAGAGUGUUUGUAGAUUCUGUGUCUGAUCUGGUUUAUUUUUGCAUACCCCUCCCCUCAAUCUGAUACAAUACGUGAGCCUGCAUCUCUCUAUGCACUCCUGUAAUGUGAUCACAAAUUGGUCUGGGACUUCAAAAACAGUGAAAACAGUGCCCACUCUCUUUUGUUAUGCCACCAACAACCCAGUCACCCUUUCUCCUCUGUACUUUAACUAACGGGGAUCAAUAAGAAUAACUGUUUCAAUAGCACUUCAAACCCGAACAACACAAUUUUUUAUUAACGGAUGCUGAAGUGGUAGAUUACCCAAAAUUUCACUUAAGUAAGCAUGCAAAAGAAGUAUUUAUAUUUCGUUAGUGAACGAGGAUCUGAAAUCUAUUCAUGGACCCCAGAAGUGUCAUAGUUCAUCCACGUUAAGAACCCCUGCUUUAGAAAUGUUUAGGUAUUAAAACCUACAAUAUUUUCAGCUGAUAACUUUUAAAAUUGGAUGAAAUUUCAAUGGAAGUUUGUGUACCUGUGUCCAUCAUGUUUUAUGUUCUCAUCUCUUAGAUUGCCCAGGCCCUGAAUGAUCAUGGCGACAUAGGAGCAGAUCUUGUUGCCAUGUGUGUCAAUGACAUCUUGGCGAGUGGCGCUGACCCACUUUUCUUCACUUGCUACUUGGGAACUGGUCGGCCAGAUCCUGAUCUUGUUGAAAUUGUGCUUAAGAGUGUUGCAGAAGGGUGCCAAAAAGCUGGAUGUGCUCUGAUUGGUGAGUUGUACGUUAUGAAUUAUGUUCCUCUCUACUAUGUUAUUUAUAUUUAUGUUUCUAGGACUGAUUUUUAAAAGUAUCAUUAUGUUUUCAUUGUUUUUAUUUCAAACAGGUAACAAACAUAUAUAUACAUAAAUACAAAUUCUCAAUCAGGUGUUGACUUUCUGCUUGCGUCCGGAACGCGGUUCAUAAACACACACCCUCUGUCCAGUCUCUUUGCACAUGCGCGCUGUUUCCUUGGCUGGCUAUCGGUACGGGCCAGUCCGCUAGUCCACCAUAACAAUCAUAUCAUUACUUCCUGAUAUACAUUAAUAAGACACAAUAAACAGCAUUUUUAAGCUUCAAUUGAAAGAUAAAAAUACAAAUUUGAGACGUUUUGGCUAAUUCCUACUUCAGCUCAACAAAAACAAAAAUUGCAUGAAAAUAAAUUAAAUUUUACAUAAUAUACAUAUAUCCUACCGAUCAUUAUGUAAAAGGAACAAAUACGUCCGGGAACAAGUCCCUCACAAAAAUAAGAAUAGAAAAGGAGCGGGCUGGAGUAAAAUGUAAAAACAACCAGGAAAAGCUAUUGCAAAAAGACAAGUACAGAUGGAUUUUGUGAGGUUAAAAGGCUAUUUCUGAUAGGUCUAGCGGUGGCUCACCGCACCAUUUUUUUUGUUUUCUCAACAGUAUUUGCAGCACAUAGUAAAGUGAUACAUUUCGCUUUUCAGUUUGUAAUUUUUAAAAUUAAAUUUAGAGCCGCAGGCGCACCUUUUGUUUCUAUAAGAGAUAAAUUUGUGCAUCAUAACAGUUGAAACAUAUUAAUAUUAGAUAUGUUGUCCAAAUCUGAGGUGUAGAAAAAAUGCCAGCGUUAUGGUCAGAUUACAUUGCUGUUUUCGUACAUGUAUUUGUUUAGGUGAACAAAAGUGUUAAAGAAUGUGUGAGUUAUGUUGAGCGUGAGAGAUAAUAAUUUGAAUAGCUGUGAUUUAGAUUAAAAGUUGUAGUGAAAGUGAGAAUUUUUUUGGACAUCGGUAAGUGUUCCAUUUCAUUUGACUUGCAACCAAUGUUCCCUUUAAGCUGUGCAGCUAUCUCAGACGCCGCGCAGCAGUUUUGAGAAUCCGUGCAGCAAAUUUCCCUGUAAUGUAAGUUUGUGUUUGUGGACUUAAAAAUUUUGCACACAAAAAAAUUGAUGCUGUAAAACUUUGCACACAACUGUAUGAUUUUGCACACGAACCAGCAAACCUUAGAGGGAACAUUGCUUGCAACUGAAAGUCAGAAUUAAAAUGCUGUGGUAGAAACGUGUGUGUUUAUUUCUUGCUUGAAUUCAAUGUGGUAUAAAUACAAACUACUCUACAUCAGCCUUUGCAGAGGCUAUGAAGUGUGGUCCCUCGGAGGGCCAAACCUAAGAGAUCAGGGCAAUUUAACGAGCAUACUGAUUGCAGACUUUGUUUUGGCUUUUCUGUGCCCGGGGCAGCAUCUGGAAGGGGACCCAACCCCUUGAUUACCUGUGCCACAGCCAGCUUAACUUGAAAUAGGUACAUCAGAAAAGUUGGAGAAUGUCAAGAUACAUCUGGAUGCCAAAUCUAACUUUUUCCCUUGCUGUUAUUUCAGAGCAGCACAUCUCUUAUCUGCCCUCGAUCUACUCGGGCAACAUAUACGACCUGGGCGGGUUCUCCGUGGGCGUGGUUGAGAAAUCCAAGAUGAUGACAUCCACGGAUGAGAUCCAGGCGGGGGAUGCUGUAAUUGGCUUGCCGUCCAGUGGCCUCCACAGCAACGGGUUCAGUCUGGUCCGCAAGGUGGUUGAGCUGCACAACUUGAGGUUUGACAUGCCCUGUCCCUUCGAUAAGAGUGUGACAUUAGGUAAGUUUGUUUUUUUCAUGUCAAGGCAACUUGAAUACACCUUAAAUAGUGUGUUGGGGUUAACAAGGCAACUUGAAUACACCUUAAAUAGUGUGUUGGGAUUAACAAGGCAACUUGAAUACACCUUAAAUAGUGUGUUGGGGUUAACAAGGCAACUUGAAUACACCUUAAAUAGUGUGUUGGGGUUAACAAGGAAACUUGAAUACACCUUAAAAUAUAUUGAUUAAAGAGUUGUUUUUAACAACAAGAAAUAACAAAAGUAUAAAGAUUCUUGUAAAUCCAUGACAUUUUUUUCCGUCAUUGUUUGCCCUAUAUAUAUAAAUUGUGCAAUUUAAUUUAAAAUUCAACAAAAAAAUUUGAUACUAUGGAUCCAAAUAAGAUUUGAAAACAGAUCACUGGUAAGUCUGGUUUACCACAUACUUCAUUGACCAACUAAAGUUUAAAAGCAAAUACUCAAACUCAGUAUAACAGAAUUCAAUAUUUUUUGUGUAUCUGACUCCUGCCUAACCUACGACUCCCAUCUAACCAGUUUAAAUGAAAACUUGCUAUAUUGCCUAAGCAAAGGGCCAUAACUCCGUUUUUAAAGGUAAAUGUUAUUUUUUUUUUAAACAAAUGUAAUUUUUAAAACAAAUCAAUUUCUUUGCUAUUUAAAUUUAUAUUCAAUGAGAAAAUGAAUUAAAUGUUAUCAUCAUUAAAAAAUAAGGUUAUUGAGAGAAUAAUAAUUAAAAGGUAACGUUGACUAUCGCUGCAUUUAAAAAGAUUCAUUGACGACUGACACUUGACAGUCACCAUGGUCACUGUAACAUGCUAGUAUUAUUAUCUACAUAUGUAACAGUGUUGGUUUUUAUAGCCUGAUUCAGAUAUAUCUUCAACUAUAACAUCAUCACUAUUACUUCCUACAUUAAUUUCAAUAAAUUCUAAAUUUAGCUGUUCAAUCGUUUCAUCAUCUAAACUAAGAAGCUUGAUCUGGGGAAGUCGUGCUGAACUUUGAACUCUUGUAACUUUUCAACAAAAGUGAAUAAAAUCGUACUAAUUUUUCUUUUAAAAAAGAGCUUCACUUGUGAGGGAAGCAGUAAACUUUAGCAGAUGAAUGUAUGAUAGUGUAGUUACUAGGCGGCCUUUAGUGGCAUCACAAGUAACUAUCUGGCUGAUCUGCCACCACCUGGUGUAGUAGGCAGGCGCUGGUGAGAAUCUGGGAGGUGACGGCGGACCCAAAUGGUAGUUUAGUGUUAAAUGACGUACAAAGGGAAAAACCUCAGAAUAAAGUAAUGGCAACAUAAGAAAUCAAAUGAUGUGGUCUACUAACUAGGUGGGCGAGUCCUCAAGUUGUCAGUAGAAACCUUUUCACUGUCUGCAGUAAACAAACAUGAUACGUUUUGUCAUUUGUUUUGAUCAGAGACCAAAAGUUGUUUUACUCAAAAUUUCUAUUUGCAGGCAGAAAGCUACUCACUCCAACAGAAAUUUAUGUGAAGUCAGUCCUUCCAGCCUUGCACUCUGGGAAGGUGAAGGGCUUUGCUCACAUCACUGGCGGUGGACUGACGGAAAACAUCCCAAGAGUUCUCCCCUCUGGCUCGGGUGUCAGAUUAGAUGCCAGCAGUUGGGAAGUGCCGCCGGUGUUUGGGUGGUUGCAGUACAUGGUGAGCUUCUUGACCACCUGUAUAUCAGAUGUGGUGGCUUGUGUUGUUUUAAGAACAUGUCCACUACUGUGGACUUUUUUUUUUAUUGCAGUUGAAAUUCAGCUUGUAAUUUCUCAUUUAUUAACUACCCAAAAUGAUCAAUAAAUUGAUCGUUGGCCUUCACAUAUGGAAAAAAAGCAAAAAACCCUACUUAAGUAAGGGGUUCUCAACCUGUUUUCAGCUUUUUAUCCCCUCUUGAUUCCAAAACACAUUCCCUGCAACCCCUUUGAUAAAAAAUGCUAAUAGACUUGAUUCUAUGUGUGUUCCUACACCCCCUGAUUAAGGACCCCUGAACUAGAGGUUGCCGAGCAAUGCCCAUUCAUUGAGAUAUAGAUAAUUUUUGUGUGUCUGGCCAAUCUCCCCUGCACCAGAUAGAACAAAUGGACAUUGUGCAGCGGACUGUGUCGUUUGCCCGCCAAUCAAGAAGUAGCUGGUUCAUAUCAUCCAGUGUUGUUCUCAGCUACGAGGCUUUCUACAUGCCUCCAGUCAGAGUAUCUCUACUCAUAUUUUAAUGUUGAAAUCUUUAUUGAACAUCAAACGGGUUGGUGUUUUUUUUGUAAUAAUGUAAUUUGUCAUGUUCCACCAACAUUUUUUUUUUCAGGGAAAAAUCAAUGAUCAUGAAAUGGCCAGGACUUUCAACUGCGGCCUUGGAGCUGUGUUGAUUGUCAGCAAAAGCCACGUCACUGAAGUCCUUGCAGUCUUAUCUGAGAACCAAGCCAAAGCCAGGGUUGUGGGCUCUGUCGUCAGUGUUCCUGGUGAGUUUGUCAAACUGUCAGUGUUGUCAGAUGUGCUGUCAGUGUUCCUGAUAAGUUUGUCAAACUGUCAGUGUUGUCAGAUAUGCUGUCAGUGUUUCUGGUGAGUUUGUCAAACUGUCAAUGUUGUCAGAUAUGCUGUCAGUGUUCUUGGUGAGUUUGUCAAACUGUCAAUGUUGUCAGAUAUGCUGUUUGUGUUUCUGGUGAGUUUGUCAAACUGUCAGUGUUGUCAGAUAUGCUGUCAGUGUUUCUGGUGAAUGAAUCAACCACACUGCUGUCUCAAAGACCGAGUCCACUGCUGAAGUAGAUUUUUGUGUUGAUUAUCAUGUUCAAGUCUGGAUUUAAUAGUAUUUAUUACCUAAUAAUUUUUCUUGAAAUGAUGCACUGUUUAAAACAAAAAUGCAAAUUAGAGUUGAUAAAUUCAAAUGAAUAAGUAAUUCAUAAAUAGUACACAGUUUGGCUUUAAUGGUUAACAAUCCCUUCUCUAUCUGAAUUUACAAGUUUUUGUCCACAUCUAUAAUCUUGGUUCCAAACAGGUAAAGCUUUUUAUGUGAGAGAUCCAGUGUGAUACAAAUUCUUGUAGCCAUUGGCAUAGUCAUUAAGGGGAGCAACUGUGAGCCAUUUGAGAACAUGAGGCAUCUUUUUGGUGGAUGAAAACGUGGCCUUUUACAAAAUUCUCUUUAAAAAGAUGUUAUCCUUUUCUCUUUCGUAUAUGUUCAAUGGAAAUUUAAGUUUUUCUACCAUUCAAUGCUACUUGAGUCUGCAUUUUGCUCCUUUUCAAUGCUGAGUCUUUUAAAAUUCCCACAUGAAAUAAACUUUUCUUCACUUGCAGGAGCUGACAGUGAGAAGGUUGUUAUUGACAAUUUGAGGACCUCUCUUUUAACCAGUUGGCCACGUCCCAAACUCCCAGAGAGGAAAAAGAAGGUCGGAGUUCUUAUAUCUGGAUCAGGUAAUGGUGGUUUCUUUCAUAUUCACCAAUAGUACAUGACUUUUGAUCAUCAUUGUUUCCAUGCUGCAAGACGGUGGAAGUUUAGAAGAGAAAAAAAUUAAUUUUGGAGUUUUUAUUUAAAAAAUUAAAAAAUGCUGAUUUGUAUUCAUUAAAAUUAGUUUUUUUCUUAUGUAAAAUAGUAUUUUCUCAGAAUGGAGACUUGCUUUAAAAUCUGUAUUGAUUGUUUUUUUUAAAGCGUGUAAAUCACUUUAUUCUAUUAGAUUAAUAAUCACUUGAUUCUGUUAGAUUAAUAAUCACUUGAUUCUGUUAGAUUAAUAAUCAUUUGAUUCUAUUAGAUUAAUAAUCACUUGAUUCUGAAAAAUUAAUAAUCACUUGAUUCUGUUUGAUUAAUAAUCACUUGAUUCUUUAAGGAUCGUAAUCACUUGUUUUGUUUUAAUGAAAAUCAUAUUUGUUCUAGAAAUACCUGAACUAAUAUCUCUGUUUAAUAUACUAUCAUAAAUGCUUUCUUAUGCUGUGUUGUUUCAACACAUUGUCUUUGGGUUGGUUAUGCUAUUACAAUGUUGAGAUAUAAAUAUGAUUUCAAUAGAAAAUUUAGUUGUUUUUUUUAAAUAUUUUUUUUUAGCACAAAAUAUCUCCACAAUUUGCUCUACUCACAUUUUGCUCCAAUAUUCUAACUUAGUAGCUGCAGCUGAAGUGAUGAAAAGUGUCCUAAUAGCAAUUACUGAUGACUCUUAUCAUGUUGUUUAUAACUGUUAUUUCCACCCCAGGCACCAACCUGCAAGCCCUGAUAGAUCAUACUCAGAACAAGAGCCACAACUCUGCGGCUGAGAUCACCCUUGUUGUUUCCAACAAAGCCGAUGUUGCUGGACUCACGAGGGCUCAGAGGGCAGGCAUUAAGACCUUGGUGAGGUUUUUUUUUUCUUUGUGUUUUAAAAAAAAAAAGUCUGGUGGAUUAUCAUGCAGGAUAUUGUCUACAAAUUGUCUUAUUUUACUGAAGAAUCCUGUUUACUCUUGGCGACCUUUUUAUUUAACUUGACCUGUGUAUUGAUGUUCAACUUGACCUGUUUUUUAUGUUAAACUUGACCUGUGUAUAGAUGUUCAACUUGACCUGUGUAUAGAUGUUCAUCUUUACCUGUUUGUUGAUGUUCAACUUGACCUGUGUAUAGAUGUUCAACUUGACCUGUGUAUAGAUGUUCAACUUGACCUGUGCAUUAUGCUCAACUUGACUUGUGUAUAGAUGUUCAACUUGACCUGUGUAUAGAUGUUCAACUUGACCUGUAUAUAGAUGUUCAACUUGACCUGUGUAUAGAUGUUCAACUUUACCUGUGUAUAGAUGUUCAAUUUGACCUGUGUAUAGAUGUUCAACUUGACCUGUGUGUUGAUGUUCAGCUUGAUCUGUGUAUAGAUGUUCAACUUGACCUGUGUGUUGAUGUUCAGCUUGACCUGUGUAUUAUGUUCAACUUGACCUGUGUAUAGAUGUUCAACUUGACCUGUGUAUAGAUGUUCAACUUGACCUGUAUAUAGAUGUUCAACUUGACCUGUGUAUAGAUGUUCAACUUGACCUGUGUAUAGAUGUUCAACUUGACCUGUGUAUAGAUGUUCAACUUGACCUGUGUAUUGAUGUUCAACUUGACCUGUGUAUUGAUGUUCAUCUUGACAUGUGUAGUGAUGUCACUUUUUGAGAACCCAAACUUCCCUGAAUCCUACUCAUUAGAAUGUUGAGAUCCCCUGCUAAUUUAUCUGGAGGCAGAUUUUUCCAUCUUGAAAUUGGACCCCAAAUAUUUAUUAGAAAUUGUUUAUACUUCAAUAAGAAUGAGUGGACAAGUCUAGUGUUAUGAGUGUAGCAAGCAUAGCUAAGAGCCAUAAUAAGAGCAGUAACUUUUAAAUAACUAAAUUUAUCAAGUCUUGUUUAAGUAGAUUGGAAGGCUGGUUAGCUCAUUUAAUGCCAAUGUCAUCCCAAUCCUGGUCAAUUUCAUUUUCAACUUUUCUUUCGCAUACAUAAAAACUGCAUGAUGUAAUGUUGAAAUUGACUGCUUUUAAAAGCUUUUUUUUUCCUAUCAUAUAUUUUUGUUUCCUCUUGUGUGUAAAAAAAAUUUGUUUGUGAUUCGCUUUUGAGACUUUUUAAGUUUAUUUGUGUAAAAUCCAGGUCAUCAAACAUGAGGAGUACAAGAGUAGGAAAGACUUUGAUGCAGCCGUGCAUGAGCAGCUGGUGUUGCAUGGCAUUGACAUUGUUUGCCUGGCUGGCUUCAUGAGAAUUUUAACAGGUCAGUCUUUUAUCUUAAUUUGGCCGUGAAAGAAGUGUGCUGUGGCUCACCUAGUAGGAUCAGCACUAAUUGGGAUUCUUAUGAAGUGGGUUACUUGAAAGCAUGUUUUUUUCAAUUAUCUUUGGUAGAAGUGGAGUUCAGCCAUUGCUGCCGCCAUUGUUUGAAAAGUUAUACCCAGUCUUCAAUAAACUUGUUAUACUAUUUUUGGGUCAUUAAUCAAUAGGAUUAAGUUGCAAUUUAAAAAAUGGACAAGUAACGAGUGAAAAAGUUUUUUGCUACAAGCCUUCAUCAGUUAAAACAAAAUAUUUAUGAAUUUAAACUUUUCAUAAUGUAUAGCCAACUACUGAAUAUGAAGGAAAAAAUGAGUGCAUAGCAUCAGGAAGCCAUGUAAAAUUGUGGACUUGGUUUAUUCUGUGUGCAGUCACUGUCCAAAAUUUAUGGGGGAACAAAUUCUUGAAAUAUUUUAAGUUUUGUGUUUCUUCUCACAGACAGAACUUUAUGAAUUUGUCCUAUACACAUUGGAACUGUGCUACUUAUCAUCAAGCAUUCAUCCAAAUUACAUAAAAACAGAGUACAGAUGUCUGUGGUGAAUGCAUGAAUUGUACCUCACAUCCCUUAUGUAAUGGAGAGUAUACUUUAAUCAGAACAGUGGAGACAUGGCCUGGUCAGACUCACAAUUCAGCCUAUUGCUAAAGAUAAGAAAAUACUGCAUGAUGUUUUUGUUUUGGGUCAAAGUUUCGGCUAUUCACAAAGUUUUGUUUUUAACAAUUUUUGUGUUCUUUUCUCCAGGAGAGUUUGUUGACAAGUGGACAGGACGCAUGUUGAACAUCCACCCAUCUCUGCUGCCUUCCUUUAAAGGGGCUCACGCUCAGAAACUGGCCAUCGAGGCUGGUGUACGGAUAUCAGGAUGUAGUAUACAUUUUGUCUCUGUGAGUCAUCCCUAUUGUCAUGUGACACAUUUGGCUUCAUUAAGUUAUCCUUUUUGUCAGGUUUCGAUUACUCUCAGUCAUGUCUUCAGCCACAUACAUUUCUUUGAAGCAGUGAACCCAUACCCCCCCAGCUGAGCACCAAAAAAUAGGUUGCUGGCGGGCCUAAAUUUGUUCAGUGGCCUGCUUUAAAUUAUUCAUGUUUGUACACAAUCUGUUUUAUGGCAAGUACUUAAUAAUAAUUUGAACUUUUUUUAAGAACUAUUUUGUCUUAAAACUAAUUAAUUUUAUUCUGAUCAAAAUGGUGGGGGGGGGGGGGGGGGGGGGGGGGGUGGGGGUUGUUGUUGUUGCUUAUUUCCUGCAAGUAGAACAAGAACUGGUUAUGAAACUAAUUCUUUUAAUCUAUUAUUUUUUUUGCCUAAAAUGUUGUGUUUUUUGUUGUUCAGGAAGAGGUUGAUGGAGGUGCCCUCAUAGCACAGGAGAGUGUCCCUGUCUACCCAGGCGAUACCGAGGCCACACUUGCUGAGCGCAUCAAGACAGUGGAGCACAUCGCCUACCCAAAGGCUCUGGAGCUGCUGGCCAGUGAGAGGAUUCAACUGGGGACUGAUGGGAAAAUUGUCUGGAAUUGGUAGUUGUGAGUGCUGGUGGG